AUGGCAGAGGACGAGGGCGUCCGCCAUCUACCGGGCAUUAUGCCCCUCGACGCUCGAAGGCGGGAGCAAUCCCGUCAAAGAAUGGAGAAAGAACUCGAGGAUCAACUUCGACAAGAAAAACGGCCGGUGACCUCGAAACGCAUGGACAUCGAGGAACCCCGAGUCAUCUCGAAGGAAGACCUGCUACACUGCGGUCAUAUGGUCCGUCACAUAGUCCCCGGAAUCCGAGUUGAUGGCACGCUUGAAAGGAGAGCACGCGAGGUGGAAGAGCGCGGAGCCCAACUUGCGGAAUCCGUGAAAAAGUUGCAGGAGGAAAACAGCUCCCUACGGAGGCGCCUAGAAGAACUAGAGGCGUCUGCCACGCAAAGUAAGCAGCCAAAGGGCAAAGGUAUUGGGAAAAAGUCGGCCAAGCCUGCACCUGCUCCCGCCCCGGCUCCCACUAUCCCCGUUCCUGUUGCUGGGCCCUCCAGCGCCCCGCCGCAAGUCAUAGCGGGUCCCUCCUCGGCGACGGCGGCUGUGACGCCCACGACGGCACCAACAGCCAGAAAAACCGCGAGAAGAACGGUGCACCUGAAAGAGGAAGGCGCCAGGCCCCAAAACAAGAAGGGAGGAAAGAAAGGACAGGCAGUGCAACCAGCGCCGGAGCCCCGUCCGCUGCCGCCGGCCUGCGUCAAUGGAUACGCCGUGGGUAGUGGUGGCCAAGAAGUCAAAGAAAGGAAGCCCGCUACAGCGCAAGCGGCCAAUGCACAGCCGCCGCAGCCGACGCGCAGGGCGGAGCCCAAAUUGCGGCCGCCACGCUCCGCGGCGGUUAUCAUUUCCCUAACGCCGUCGGCGGUGGCCAAGGAGCUGUCGUACAAACAAAGUACUGACGGACGCCCAGGCGAGUUGACCUCACCGGCCUUGAUAUCAGCAGGUUGA